AUGUCUAUCUCUUCCGCUAAUCUCGGUCGCCACUUUUUCUCAACGAGGCGCUUUCUAUUUCCUUUGGGCAUCUUAGUGGGCGUUCUGCUCGGAUUCAUCAUGAUCCAACCAAGCGACUUGACCGACUUUCAAACGCACCUCGCACUGCUCCUCGACCAGUACGAGCUCAGCGUCCCUACGUUCCCAGACCUUCCAGUCGACCUUACACGCUUAGAGAGCGAAUGGCGAAGGCUCUGGAGCAAUGUGCCUGAACCUUGGAAGCUCAACACGAACGGGCUCGAAUUCACCGUUGGGGAGAAGAUAGCGGCAGAAGGUUUGAGCGCCAAGCAUCCUGUAGUCUUGAUCCCUGGAAUCAUCUCAACCAGUCUUGAAUCGUGGUCGACCGCGCCGGACUACCGCCCGUUCUUUCGCCAGAAGUUGUGGGGCGGGUUCACGAUGCUCUCCCAGGUUAUGUUCAAUAAGGAGAAGUGGAUAAAUGCUUUGAUGCUCGACUCUAUCACGGGGCUUGACCGGCCCGGCGCCAAGGUGAGGGCAGCUGAGGGCAUCGACGCUGCCAGCAGCUUCAUCCAAGGAUACUGGCUAUGGUCAAAGAUUGUGGAGAACCUCGCCGUCGUCAACUACGACACAAACAACCUACAUCUCGCACCAUAUGACUGGCGCCUGUCGUGCUAUAACCUCGAAGAGCGGGACGGUUACUUCACCAAGCUCAAGACGACCAUUGAAGGGUUCAGAACACGCGAGAAUAGACGAGUGGUGCUCGUAGCACACUCUAUGGGAGCCAACUCGCCCAUGCACGGAAAAGGCGGCUCGAAUUGGGUUGAGAAACAUAUAGAGGCUCUGGUGACUAUUGGCGGAUCCUAUCUGGUCAAGUCAAUGUCUUCCUUCCUUUCUGGCGAGAUGAAAGAUACGGUGCAGAUCCACCCUGCCGGCGCAUACGUGCUCGAGCGCUUCUUCUCUCGUAAAGAGCGCCAGAAGCUCUUCCUCAGCUGGGCUGGCAGUGCAAGCAUGUGGAUAAAGGGCGGCGACGCGGUUUGGGGAAAUGCGACGUUCGCGCCAGACGACGUGGUAGCCAACACGCAGAGCCACGGUGAGCUCAUUGUCUUCCGUGAAGCUGUCCUCGCGAGCGAGGAUGAAGGCACGCAAGUCACGAACAUGACUGCGCAGGAAGCUGGGAACUGGGUCCUGGAGCGGACACCCGUGGCAUUUCAGCGGAUGAUGGAGACCAACUACUCGUUUGGAAUCGAGCGGGACGAGAAGGCACUCAAGCGUAACAAUCUCGACCACAGAAAAUGGACGAACCCGUUAGAGAUACAACUGCCUUAUGCUCCAACGACGAAGUUUUAUUGCCUGUAUGGGCACGGAAAGGAAACCGAGCGUUCCUACUGGUAUACUCGCGAAGAAUAUGAAUACGACGAGGUCCAGCCGGAUAUGGUCGAUGCCUCCUGCUCAAACACCACCGACUGUAUCACGCCCCGUCCACCACUCGACAUGCCGUUCUCACGAAACAGCCAUAUCGACGCGGAAUAUACCGAUGAGAGCGCCGUCCCGAAGGUGAUCAACGGCGUGCGGAUGGGCGAGGGCGAUGGCACGGUGAACCUGCUUAGUCUCGGCGCGAUGUGCGUGGAGGGCUGGAAACGCAAACGGUGGAACCCCGCGGGUAUCGAGGUUGUCACGGUUGAGCUUCCACACAACCCCUCAGCAAAGAUUCCUCGGGGCGGCGGCACGACGAGCGAUCAUGUCGACAUCCUCGGCUCGACCUCGCUGAACGAGAUCAUCCUUCGGAUUGCCACGGGUGCAGGAGAUCAGAUACACGAUUCACUGAUCUCGAACAUCCGCGAAUACGUCAAGCGGAUCCAGUGGGAUUGA